AUGUGCAAUCAGUUGCCCGGAGGGAUUCCUCCCGAAACCACUUACGGUCCUUUCCCGGCUGCAAUUGCAAUUCUUCUCUGCCUGAUCCUCGGACUCUGCAUCUGUGCUGGCUUCUACCUCAUUUGUCAGAAGCUUUUCCCCUGCUGCUCGGAUCCCGACAGAACAGGCACCUCCAAUACAUCUCCCAAUCAAUUGAUCUUCGUCGACAACAUCACCAUUCACCAGUACCAGCCCCCAUCCAAAGACAAGCCUCCGGCGUAUGAAACUCUGUUCAAUUUCUCCCUUCCUCCACCUUCAUACGAAGCGGCGACUGAGCGAUCUUGA